CACCGCUGUCAGCGAACAUGGCGGCGUCCUGUGUGCGAACCGUGGGUUCGCUUUUUGGGAAAUGUGGGAAUUGCAGCUCGGGUAUAAACACGAUCACUUCGCAGUUAAGCCGGCAGGUGCUGAGCAGGCAGAUAUGUGUGAGCUCUGCCCUCCUCAGGAAGAACCUGGCGACUCCAGGGCCGGAGAAGUUCACCGCGGAGUACAUCCAGGAGCAGGUGAAGGAGUUCGACAUCGGGAAACGGCACCUGGCCAACAUGAUGGGAGAAGACCCCGAGAACUUCAGCCAGGAGGACAUAGAUAGGAGCAUCGCCUACCUCUUCCCCUCCGGCCUGUAUGAGAAGAGAGCUCGGCCUCUCAUGAAGCAUCCUGAGGAGAUAUUUCCAAAGCAGAAAGCCGUCCAGUGGGGAGAAGACAGGCGGCCUUUCCACUUCUUGUUUUACACCGGCAAACAGUCCUACUACUCCCUCAUGCAUGAGCUGUACGGAAAAAUCCUGAACAUAGAGAAGCGCCAAGACUUCGUGAGAGCCAAAGGACGGUUCUCCAAGGACGCCAAACGCAUUCGCUCUCUGGGCACGAGCAGGUGGCUCACAAAGGAGGAGCUGGAGGUGCAGCUGGUGGAGACCAUAUCCUCGAAGGAUUACGACCGCUUCCUCCAGCUGAUGGAGCGCCUCCUGUCCAUGUCCUACAGCGACAUUGAGGAGGAGUUCGUCCUGCACUACCGUCGGCAGCUGGAGGCUCAGUCCAUGAAGCACAUAAGGCCGAAGCUGGACAGGGACGAGAGGGGCGUGACCUUCAGCAAAGCAGACGGUCGGAGGAAGACGGCCGAGGCGUCCGUCGUCCUCCUAGACUGCGGCUCCGGCCGCGUCACCAUCAACGACCAGGACUACCUCCAGUACUUCCCGGUGCUGCAAGACAGGGAGCAGCUGAUGUUCCCGCUCCAGUUCGUGGGCGUGCUGGGCCGCUUCGACCUGGAGUGCACCGUGAGCGGCGGCGGCAGGUCCAGCCAGGCGGGGGCGCUGCGACUCGCCGUGGCCCGGGCGCUGCUCGCCUUCCUGUCAGAGACGAAGGGCGAGGCGGUCAGACAAGCUGGUCUGUUGACCGCCGACCCCAGAGUGAGGGAGAGGAAGAAGCCAGGCCAAGAGGGAGCACGACGCAAGUUCACCUGGAAGAAACGCUGAGGAGGAGGACAAACGAUCUCACCUGAACUCAGACAUCAAACAUUGACCUCUGGUGUUUAAAACUGACUGUUUCUCCAGAGGCUGUCACUUGUGUCCCUUGUGUAGUUUAUUGGAGCUCUUGGAUGCAGAGCAAUGUGUAUGUUCACACAGCCGCCAUGUCUUCAAGCUGCAGUGAGCCCCCUCAGCCACCAGAUGGAGCUGUGUCACCAGGAAUGAAUAAAGCGGAUUGUUUAUCUCGAUUAUCAUCAAUAAAUUAGAUUUUCAUAUAAAAAAAA